GAGAAGGGAACGCGCCAUGACGGAGUCAGGAACCUCCGUUUGUGUAUCUAACGACCGUUCGAUAUCAUCUCUGGGAGCAUGUUUUGUUUAUUUGAUUACUGGAUUGUUUCUGACCGUCGGAUUCUGGGUGGCGCGAAACAAAUUAUCCGUCGAUCUCGUCUCUGAUCCAUCUCUCACUCUCUUUCUCCUUUGGAGUAUUGAGUUUCCGGUUGUGGUAAUCAUCUACAGCUUUCUACGGAAAGCCCCAGAGAAAUGUUCGUGGUUUAGAGCCGUUGGGCGAAGCAUUUUAGGACUAAUUUCUGGCGCUUUUCUGAAUGCUUUGGGAGCAAUUUCUUUGGGUGCUCCUAUUGGAAUGCAAUAUCUACCAAGAACAGUUCACUGGUCCUUUCUAAUGUCUGUUUUCACGUUUGUACCAGCAACUGCAGUUUUUGGUGCAUCAUCGACAGAGUGGCAUCGUCUAUUUGCCUCGAUGAAACCAUGUGGAAAUGUAGAAUAUAUGAUCUUGAUUCCAGCGUAUGGAUCAAUUAUUGGAGGAUGGUUUGGAGCUUGGCCUAUGCCGCUCGACUGGGAAAGGCCAUGGCAGGAGUGGCCUAUAUGUGUGUGUUAUGGAGCUAUAGGAGGCUACAUUGUUGGACAAAUUCUCUCCUUGUGUGCUAUGUUUUUCCUCAGAAAAGACAAGCAUCUGAAAGUAGCCUAGAAUAGACUGAUGGUGUCUGGACAUGCAGGAUGUGUUUCGUUUUGUUUCGACUUGAUCACUAGAUUGAGAGGUAACAAUAGCGCAAUGUUUUUGUUAGCUUGAACAAAAGUUUAAUACUAUUUUUUUUUUGUGCAACACAAAAGUUAUACUAUUUUCCACAUAGGUUUUUUU